GAGAAAAAGCUCUCACAUAGCAUCCCCCCUCACUUUGGACGAUUCAUGCCUCUUUUGAAAGCCUAAAAACAAGGAAUUUACCAUUGGACAUAUUCCCGACCGUCCCGAAAGUCGGCUAGAAAAAUGAAUUGUCAAAUAUGCUAAGCGUAAUAUCAUCCCAUUAAUACGCACCAUCUCACAUUCAUUGUCACGGGCAACAAGAGCUUAUUGAUUAUCACGAUUUCAAUCAACCAUGGACCUCCGGCGAGCCCCAAGAAAACUUGACUGCUCGCCUCGCCAUCUUGCACUGCGUCAUGGGACACGAGUUCUUCGAUCACUUCGGGCGACGGCCGAGGAUACAACCCCUGGAAUCAAACGGGGAGAGGAACAGUUAUUCUCGUUUUAUGUACCUGGGCUUGCUGCUGGCGUUCACAAAAUCGAAGUCGAGCAACACGUCGACACUGGCUCAGACAAAAAGACCAUCCCAAGCAAGCAUGAGUUCAAUGUUAUCGCACCUCGGUUUUCCUUGCCCGAUGGCGCCAUACAUUCGAUUUAUCCACCCCAAGGGCAUGCUGACAGAGGAGAAGUCCUUCCAAAUGUCUUGUUUACGGACCCGACACUACCUUGGGAACGAAUCGCGAGCUGGAAGUCGGAGAAAGAACAUCCUGCCGACUAUAAUAACAACCGAGUUCCAUGGCUGGCCGUACUUUUGUUCACACAAGAUGAGCUUCGUUUAAGCCAAUCGGAAAUCUCGUCAAUAUUUCAGAAAAUUCCUUCGCAGACGGAUGCUAAACAAAGCGAUACCCUUAGCAUCAACAUGUUGGUCGCGGAUGUGUCCCAAUUACAGGACACGGCUACAUCCGUGGUAUAUGACCCAGAAGCUGAUGGAGCGACGGUGAAAACUGAUGCAAUAUUCCUUCGGUCCGAAUUGUUCAAUUCACUCUUCGCAAAGUAUGAUAAAAAUGGGGCGCGGGAUCCGGCGCAAACGACAGGUGAAGUGUAUCACCACCGUUUUCUCGCUCACCUCCGUCAUAUUCAUCUGGACGGCACACCUUCAGCGGCCACGACUGAUGACGAAGAUCAUGCCUAUUCGGUGGUUGUUUGCCACCGAACCGGUCCCUUGUCGAUAAAACAGCCGACAACGGUGGUUGCCCAUUUGGUAAAUAUCGAAGGCGUAGAAGCUAUGAGCUUCCCAGUUAAGAAUCAAAAAUAUGUGUGCAUGUCCUCUCUAUACGCCUGGGAAUUCACAUGCUUGCCUCCCAAUUCUCUAAAUGUGGCGGAUGCUUUCACUUACUUGGGAGAAACCCUUACGGCACUGACACCAAAGCUUAGCAAGGAGGACUUGAGCCAGCUGAGCGGGCCCGUUGGGAACCGUGUAGCAAAAAGGCUCAACGACGGUUUUUCACUGGCGAGAUAUCGAAUCCAAACUGGCGAAGUCACGGCCGCCUUCUUCAGGGGCCCAUUUGCCCCGUCAACGGUGGACUUCCCAAAAGAAACUCCAUGGCCACUGAGCUCCACAACGGGAACAAAACUCCAAAUCCUUGAUCAAGAACUCAAUAUCAUGGAUAUUACAUAUUCUGCAGCUUGGAACCUUGGAAAAACACUUGCGUUGGCAAACCAGGAUUUUGCUGCAGCACUAUCCCGAGUUCGAAAGCAGAUUUUUGAUAUUGCGUUAAACGAGGCACGACUGCACGCUAUCAAAUCCCGGGCCGCUUCCCUUGGAGUGCCAUCGGCGUACAAGACCCGUGAAGAGGUUGUGAAGACAAUCGCCAGUACCAUUGAGAUCGUGGCGAGUUUACCAAAGAAGAAAGUUCUCCAGUCCAAAUCCGAUGGGAUGGCAAUGCGUUGGUUCCGGCAGGAGCUCCCUCGCCUCGAUCUUACAUACAAGGGUCAAGAGAUUGACCCGAUCAUUGAUGAUUACCUGGAGAAGGCCGCAUACAAAGUCGCAAGUAGCACAGACGGCGAGGACAUACCAUACAAUGAGUACAAUACUCCUUUUUCAACCGACUGGAUGAUUGUUUUGCGCUGGGUGUUAGAUCGAUACUAUUUGGUCGAUGUGCCCCCACAUUAUCUGAUCACCGACCCCAGCCAUGUCCCCCAGGAAAGUCUGCGGUUCUUCACAAUUGAUCAUAACUGGGUAAGUGCCAUGGUCGAUGGAGGCCUGAGCCUUGCCAAUCACGUAGACCGUAGCGACGACCGUUUGAGGUCAGCUAUCAAGGCAGCAAUCAACCGUUAUCUGAAAACCGAGAUCCCCACUUUGAAGUACCGUCCCCCGAUACCAAGUUACGGAUUUUUCGUGCGCUCUGCACUAGUGACCAAGUUUCCCGACUUAGUUGUGGACAUUGACCCCCCUCCGAGCCACGAGUGGGCUCCCGUCGUACUCCGUCAUGAAGUGGUGGGACCGGACACGAUGUUGUGCCUCAUGCGCGAGGCGCCCGUCGAACCCGAGUUUCAUUCGCUAUUUCUGCGAGAGCCGCCACACCAACAGUACUUCGCUGCCGCAAAGACGCUCACUGCGGAGUAUAUCGACAUGGAUUAUAAGCGAGUCUAUACCGACCCCAAUGCGGAUGAUCCAAACCGCACCACGCCAAUAAGUUAUACGAUCCAUCGCAACACCCCAAAUCCACACGGAUCGAUUUUUAUCUGGGGAACGAGUCCAACAACAGAUGAUGUUCGGUGCUUGAACAUGGAGAAUUUUGCGAACGAUUUGCACCAAACGAUCAAGAAAACGUUCGAAGAUGAGCACCAUCCUGGAUGGUAUCAGGAGCCGUUCCCGACGGCAGCGUUAAUGGGAAUCCAACUCAACGAGCCACGGUGGCAACUUAGUAUUUCCCUGCCAGACAAGAAAAAAUUCCCUGGUCUCUUUGCUGCCUCUGAGAAUAAGUACCGGACCUUGGCAUUGUCUCCAAAACGGCAGAUCCGUGCUCAGGCAACGAUCGAAUUUACACCACAGUCUAUUGCAUGUGGUCCACACCCUGCUUUUGGUGCCCGUAAAAGAGCAAUUCUAGAGGAACCACUGCAUAUUCCUCCGCAUUUCCGUAUGCCACGGCCAAUUUUCAAUGUCACAUCUCCCAACAUUGCUGAUGGCCCAGCGAGUGCUCCCGUGUUCAACUAUGCUGUUUACCCGGUUGGUAAAAAGCCAGGAGCCAGCAUUCCUAUGCUCAAGGGAAAACAGGACCUCAUCUUUUCGAUCGUGUACGAAAAGGAUGCCCAAAACUUUAACAUGGAAAAGCUCAAAGUGUCAAUCCCACUUGGGCGCCCAGCACCGCUGAUGACCAACUACAAGGGGACAGGGCCAACGAUGCUCUCGAAUCUCCGGUUCAAUGUCCUCGCACAGUUCAGCAAUGACGAGAAACUUGUGUUGUCGUUGAUACCACGAAGCACGUUGCGCUAUGUCCCGGUGAAGAAGAUUCCGGAAAUGAGUUUCAUGUUGAGUGGAGUGGAGGUGGCAUCAUACAACAGCCCGACGAGCAUAAAAAUUGAGGUGGAAGUGAAAUAUCAGCAGGAAAGUCCCUGGCCUUUCGGGUUUUUCGCUCUUUUGGAGCCCGUUUCAUAAAGCUUUCACCGGGUAGUUACUGUUUUAAAAGUAAUCGCAGUAGGAACAUGAGAAUCAGAGCAGCAUCCUGGAUAAUAGGGUACUAAAAAAUUGUACCUAAAGAUCAAAGUGCAUAUAUCAAGGAUUGAAGUAAUUGACUGAACA